GCUUUCUUUCUGGUCGAGCAGCAGCGUGGAGUCAGAGCGGUGUGUUUGGGAGCAGUUACGGCUUCAUUCAGCGAGAAUAGCGACUUCUAGCUGAAUCAGAAUGGACUCGUCAAUGAGUGCAGCACAAAUCCGCCAGAAGUUCAUCGACUUCUUCCGUCGCUAUGAGCACCAGUACGUCCACUCGUCCUCCACCAUCCCCAUGGACGACCCCACGCUGCUUUUCGCCAACGCCGGCAUGAACCAGUUCAAGCCCAUCUUCCUCAACACCAUCGAUCCGUCCCACCCCAUGGCCAGGCUGCAUCGCGCCGCCAACACCCAAAAAUGUAUCCGGGCAGGGGGCAAACACAACGACCUGGACGACGUGGGUAAAGACGUCUACCACCACACCUUCUUCGAGAUGCUGGGGUCCUGGUCGUUCGGGGACUACUUCAAGCAACUGGCCUGUAAGAUGGCCUUGGAGCUGCUGACCCAGGAGUUUGGGAUUCCCAUCGAACGCCUGUACGUCACCUACUUCGGAGGUCACGCUGACGCAGGCCUGGAGCCCGACCUGGAGUGCAAACAAAUCUGGAUCGACCUCGGGAUGGAGGAAGCUCGCAUCCUGCCAGGCAGCAUGAAGGAUAACUUCUGGGAGAUGGGAGACACGGGUCCCUGCGGCCCCUGCAGCGAGAUCCACUACGACCGCAUCGGAGGGAGAGACGCCUCUCACCUGGUGAACAUGGACGACCCCAAUGUCCUGGAGAUCUGGAACCUGGUGUUCAUCCAGUUCAACAGAGAGUCAGAGACCGAGCUGAAGCCGCUGCCUAAGAAGAGCAUCGACACAGGGAUGGGUCUGGAGCGCCUGGUGUCUGUGCUGCAGAACAAGAUGUCCAACUAUGACACCGACCUCUUCGUCCCAUACUUUGAAGCCAUUCAGAAGGGUACCGGUGCACAACCAUACACCGGUAAAGUAGGCGCCGAGGAUGCUGACGGUAUCGACAUGGCCUACCGUGUGCUGGCCGACCACGCCCGCACCAUCACCAUCGCCCUCUCAGACGGAGGUCGGCCCGACAACACAGGAAGAGGCUACGUGUUGAGGAGGAUCCUGCGUCGUGCCGUGCGUUACUCCCACGAGAAGCUGGGAGCUCAGAAAGGUUUCUUUGCCUCUCUGGUGGAUGUAGUGGUUGAAUCCCUGGGCGAUGCCUUCCCAGAGUUGAAGAAAGACCCCGAAAUGGUGAAGGAUAUUAUUAAUGAGGAGGAGAUGCAGUUCCUUAAAACCCUCAGCAGGGGACGCCGUAUCCUCGAUAGGAAGAUCAUGAGUCUGGGAGACAGCAAGACCAUCCCAGGCGACACAGCAUGGCUGCUAUACGACACAUACGGCUUCCCUCUGGACUUGACCUCCCUCAUCGCAGAGGAGAAGGGCAUGGCGGUGGACUUGGCCGCCUUUGAAGAGGAGAAGAAGGCAGCACAGCUGAAGUCUCAGGGUAAGGGCGCAGGAGACCAGGACCACAUCAUGCUGGACAUCUACGCCAUCGAUGAGCUGCGAAACAAGAAGACCCCCGCCACAGACGACUCUCCCAAACACAAAUACACCUCAGACGACAGCGGCAGCUACGACUUCCAUCAGGCCUCAGCCACAGUGCUGGCUCUGCGCCGCGACCGCGCCUUCUGCGACGAAGUGACCACGGGUCAGGAGUGCGGCGUGCUGCUCGACCAGACGUCUUUCUACGCCGAGCAGGGAGGACAGACUUAUGACGAGGGUUACCUCCUCCGAGAGGACGACAGCACGGAGGACCGGAUGGAGUUCACAGUGAAGAACACUCAGGUGAGAGGAGGCUACGUUCUCCACGUGGGCACCGUCUACGGAACACUGAAGGUUGGAGACCGCGUCACCCUGCAUGUAGACGAGGCUCGUCGUAGGCCCAUCAUGAGCAACCACACGGCAACACACAUCCUCAACUUCGCCUUGCGGGGGGUUCUGGGGGAGGCAGACCAGAGGGGUUCCCUGGUCGCCCCCGACCGCCUGCGCUUUGAUUUCACCGCUAAAGGUGCCCUGAGCACGGGGGAGGUCCGGCGGACUGAGGAGAUGGCUUGUGCCAUGAUAAGAGACAACAAGCCAGUGUACGCCAUGGAAGCCCCCCUCGCAGGAGCCAAGGCCAUUCAGGGUCUGCGCGCCGUGUUCGAUGAGACUUACCCCGACCCCGUCCGAGUCGUGUCUAUCGGCAUACCCGUUCAGGACCUGCUGGACGACCCCAACAGUGCAGCUGGUUCGCUCACCUCCAUCGAGUUCUGUGGUGGAACCCAUCUGCAGAACUCGGGUCACGCCGCUCCGUUUGUCAUCGUCUCAGAGGAGGCCAUCGCUAAGGGCAUCCGCCGCAUUGUUGCUGUGACAGGAACAGAGGCCCAGAAGGCUCAGAGGAAAGCCGACGCACUGCAGCAGUCUCUGUCUGCCCUGGGAGACAAGGUGAAGCAGCAGACGGCCCCAAAUAAGGACGUACAGAAAGAGAUCGCUGACAUGACGGAGUCGAUAGGCACAGCCGUGAUCUCUCAGUGGCGGAAGGACGAGAUGAGGGACACCCUGAAGGGCCUGAAGAAGACCAUGGACGAUCUGGACCGCAACUACAAGGCCGACAUCCAGAAGAGAGUCCUGGAGAAGACCAAGGAGAUGAUCGAGAGCAGCCCCAACCAGCCGCUGUUAGUGAUGGAGAUGGAGACGGGAGCGUCGGCUAAGGCUCUGAACGAGUCCCUGAAGCUGCUGAAGUCCAACUCUCCUCAGACCGCUGCUAUGCUCUUCACCGUAGACCCCGACGCCGGAAAGAUCACCUGCCUGUGUCAAGUUCCACAGGAUGUGGCCAAGCGCGGACUGAAGGCCAGCGAGUGGGUUCAGGAGCUGUGCCCCCUGCUGGACGGCAAAGGAGGCGGCAAGGACAUGUCGGCCCAGGCCACGGGCAGGAACACACAGUGCCUGCAGGAGGUGCUACAGAUGGCCAACGAGUUUGCACGGCUCAAACUGGGAGAGAACUGAGAGGAGUUUAAAAAAAAAAAAAAGGGAGAAGAGGGGGUGGGCGUGGGAGGCGGAAAGAGGAGGAGGCGAUGAGGUCGGAAAUAUGAAAGGGAAGGAUGAGAGGGAUUAAAGCAGAUAGGAUGGGGAUGAAAGACGAGGGGGGGGGCAGGAGACGGUUGAAGAGUCCUGAGUCACUCAGGUGCUUCAAGUUUAGGGAGCGUUUGAAAUCAUCCUCCUCAUUUCAUCUCUCUUUUCUCUUCCCUUCAGGGUCAGAAAAGAUUAGAAAUCAAACACAACUCCCGCCAUGUUGACAGAUGACUACUGACAGUCAGCCAGCAGUAAAUGAACCACUAGUUUUUAUUGCAAGUAGGCUUUUUUUUCUUUCUGACUUGCUCCAGUAAAAUUAAUCUCUGUGGAAAUGAAACCUACUUGAAUAUAAAUAAAUAUAUAUAUAAGAAGAUCCUCUCAUGCAGUUAACUGAGAGAGGAUCUCACAACCAGUGCAGGUGAUUUGAUUCAUUAUUGCAUGUACAGAGGAGAAAAAAGAAGGGAUGUACUUUGAUUGAUUUUUUUUUUGCCUUGUAUGCAGAUGAAGCGAAGAAAACUAUAGUUUGAACUUCAGACUCCUGCUCACUCUAGAAACAAGCCCCAAAGCACCCUCCCUCUCUCUCUCUCUCUCUCUCUUCUCUCUUCUCUCCUCUCUCCACUAGUUCAGGGCUUAAUUCGGAGAGAUGAGAGAUUUAGAGGAAAAGUCAAAAGUCAUCCCCGGCUCUUUAAACCACUCACUACGUUCUUUAUGUCGCCUUGAACCUUUUCAUCUGAUUUCCGAACAGCAGCGCCGUCCCAUCUGUGUGAGCCGCGUGACUUCUCUCUCUCUCCCUCCUGUGAUUGGUCGGACUGAUAUCGUAGCUGUACCAUAGUCUUGCUUUUUCAAAUAACAAGCCAUUAUCUGUAAGUCAGCAGGUUUAAUUUUAGUAAAUAAAAUAAUAAUGAAUUGUAUAAAAGGAGGGGUCACGUCCAUGUCUAAUAUUCUGUAUAACUUAAAUUUUCUGACAUUUCAUUUCAUCGAUCCAACGCAGGAAAGUUGAAAAAUGUCUUUUAAUCAUCGAAGCUGUUUCAUGUCAGAGAAAUGUCACACUGUGAGUAUGGAAUAAAUACUACUGGUAAA